AUGGUAAAUCCCUUCAAGAAGCCCCAGGAUGACUCGGCCAAUCCUGCCCCGGCCGCGGUCUAUAACUGGCGCAUCUAUGCCCUGGCGUUUUCCGCCGCCAUGGGAUCCGCCAUGUUCGGCUACGACUCAGCCUUCAUCGGCGGCACCAUCACCUUCCAGGCCGGGUGCUUCUUUGGCGUCCUUCUCUGCUACUACCUGGUUGAGAAACUUGGCCGCCGCUGGGUUCUCCUCGGGUGCGGAGCUUUGUUCGAUGUCGGCGCUAUUCUACAACUGGUUGCUACUGGUAAAGUCGGGCUCAUUUAUGCCGGGAGAGCAUUGACUGGUCUGGCUGUCGGUUCCUCGUCGAUGAUUAUCCCUGUAUAUAUUUCAGAGUGCGGUCCACCAGCUAUUCGCGGACGUCUGAUCGGCAUCUUCGAAAUCUGUCUCCAAUUUUCACAAAUCUUCGGCUUCUGGGUAAAUUAUGGCGUCAAUAUCCACGUCUCACCAACCUCUGCUGCUCAAUGGCACAUCCCCUUUGCCCUGCAGCUGAUCCCAGGAACCCUCCUCGUUAUCUUCAUGUUCUUCCAGCCCGAGUCCCCACGUUGGCUCAUCAAUGCCGGCCGCACCGAGGAGGCUAGGGGUGUGCUCCAGCGCCUCCGCAUGCUCCCUGCCAACGAUCCGUAUAUCAAUUGGGAAAUCAACAACGUCUUGCACCAGAUUGAAGAGGAAAACAGGAAUGGUCUUGGCUCUAAGACUUUGGGUGCCAAGCUGAAGGAGGUGUUCGCACCCAAGACCAGGGUCCGCUUGAUCCUAGGUAUCUGCUUGAUGUUCAUCCAAAACAUGUCUGGCAUCAACGCUCUCAACUACUACUCACCCAGCAUUUUCCAGUCUAUCGGCUUCACAGGUACCAGCGUCGGCCUUCUUGCUACCGGUAUUUUCGGCAUUGUCAAAGCCAUGGCCACUAUGCUUUAUAUGAUUUGGGGCGUUGACAGCCUUGGGCGCCGACAUUCCCUCAUCAUUGGCUCUAUCGGUGCAUCCAUUGCCCUUUGGUACUUGGGAGCCUACGCCAAGCUAAGCGGUUCUUUCGAGGCGGGCACCCUCGGUACCGGCGAGAAGACUCCCGGUGCCUACGUUGCCAUUGUUAUGGUUUACAUCUUUGCCGUCUUCUAUGCCAUCUCUUGGAACGGUAUUCCUUGGAUCUUCUGUGCCGAGGUCUUCCCUACCGCUAUCCGCUCCGUCUGCCUCGUCUUCACCACUUGUGCCCAGUGGCUUGGCCAGUUCAUCAUCGUUUACUCGACCCCGUAUAUGAUGACCAACAUCACCUAUGGUACUUUCUUCCUCUUUGCUAGCUCUGUCGUGUUCGGCAUUGUCUUCACUUGGUUCCUCAUUCCCGAGACCAAGGGCAUCUCCCUAGAGGAUAUGGAUACUCUCUUCUCGCGAUCCGGUAUGCCUAGGACCUGGCGUAAGCAGCUGGAUGAGAUCAUUGAGGAGAGGAGGGCCGCAGGUGAUCCUGAAAUGUUCGUUGCAGACGAGAAGGAGCACGCUUCUCAUCGGGAGAAUAACUAA